UUUCAUAUUUUCGCAAUGUUAAAAAGACUGUUACGUAGACCUACGCUUCAACAAUCUCUAAAAACUAACCAUGGUUUAUCAAGUCUUUUAUCUAGAGGCUAUGCUUCUAGCGCAGCUCAAAAGGAGUAUUUGAAUAAACAUUUGUCGGAAAUUGACCCAGAAGUUUUCGACAUCAUAGAAAAAGAAAAAAAGCGACAACGCGAGAGUAUAGUACUUAUUCCAUCAGAGAAUUUCACGUCACGCGCGGUUAUAGAAGCUUUAGGCUCUAUUAUGCAAAAUAA